AUGGUUGGGUGCAGCCGUUUUCCAAUAGACAUCUGCCCGCUGCAGCCGACUCCAUGGUUCAUUUCCAUAUAUGUCGCGGCUGACGUCAUCGAGAUGGUCUCCGAGAUCAGACCGUUUGUAUUUUGAAGCCGUAAGAGAAGCUGGUUCCCGAUAAAUAUCCACGCGAGGAGGGUCCAAUUUUCGUCUGUUGAUUUUUUGGCUGUACUGUGGAUGGAUUCGAAUCAAUCAUUGGAUGAUAAAUGACCAGAAGGGUCUCUGGAUGCGUACCAAUACUUUUCUCAUGGGUUAAACUGAUUAUUAAAAUAUCUCGAUGACAAAGCUCUAUUGGAGAAAAAUACAACUCAAAGCCAAUUUUCAAGAAAAAGUGCUUCUGUGGAAAAAAGACCAUUAUAUGUCUAAUCAGAGCUUCCCUUCACUGAAACUUUAAAAAAAAAGCUAUCAACAAGAAUUCCUGGCAAAUCCAGACCUAACAAAAACUUCUUCUUUUUUUUUCGUUGAAAGAGUUCUUCUUGGAAAACAGCGUCUUCUCCGCAAGUGCGUGAUUCGGCGCCGACGUUCCCACUGACCAUGGCAGCGGAACCGGUGGCCGCAGUGCCAUCCCGACGGUCCACUACUUUGCUACAAUUGGUCAGAGACGGCCGCCCUCCUACGUCGCCUGUGGCAAAACGAGUGGUGGCGCAACACACGAGGGCGAAGCUGUUCUAUUAGAAGAAAAGUUGACGCUAUAUCAAGAAAAGAGACGGCGGCGGCGUCAAGAAGAAGCAGAACUGGAUAUGUGUUGCGCAACGGGGCAGCUUCUGGCCGACGAGAUGAACGCCCCGGCUGGUUUGACCACGCGCCGUGCCAAAACGACUGUCGCGUCUUCUAACUGCCAGCCUUCGACGCCUUCCGAGGGACUUUCGGAUAUGCUUUGGGGAUGA